CGGAAACGCACCAAGAAGGAGGAGCCGGCCAAGAAUGCGCGCAUCACGACAUUCAGCAAGGUCACCAAGGGGGCUCCAGUCGCGGCAGACAAGUCCGUCAAGCUGGAGAAGGACGAUACGACAGCCAUGCACCCGCUGCCGCCCGGCGCGGCGCGCAACAACGGGCCCAUGUAUCCGCACUUAGCAUCCAAAGGAGAGACCACACCGACACCAGAUCGGUGGCGCCAGCCGGAGACGAUCUCCCCAAAGUCGGUCCCAAACGGGAUGGGCGAUCUGUUGAGCAAGCCGGUUGCGUAGCAUCCUUUCCUUGUCUUCUGAUGAUUGUUUCCGUCUUUCUAUGUCUCUGUUAUUUGUGUUUGUCUUUGUUGAGAUACCAUGAUAGACCGGCGUGUCUGGCGUUUGGGUAGUACGUCCGAGUCGCGUUCGGGUUGGGGGGGUUGUAUUUUCUUCAUGGGUGCAUGUAUGGUAUGCAUUGGGCGUUUGCUGGUGGUUAUCUUUGUUUAUUGUAAUCGAUUGGAUAGUCGAACAAUCUUACGGUUGCGACGGAGUCGCUAUACAUGGACAUGAA